AUGUCCAUUCAUCAAAAAAAUACACAACUCACUUUUUCACCAACUUUGCAAACUAUUAUUCCUGAAAUUUUAGAAUCUAUAUUAGUAUUUCUUCCGAAUCCUUAUAUUGUUUCUUCCGUGUGUCGACAAUUUCAUACAAUUGUAAUAAAUUCGCCAAGCUUUAAACGACGUUGGCUUCGUAGAUGGCUUCAUUCAAAACUUCCAGAUGCAUUUUUACCUACUUAUUCUGAACUUUGCAAAGCAGUUGAGACAAAGACUCCAUUCAACAUUUUAAUGCAAAUUAUUGAUUUACAAAAAUUAUGUAAUAAACCGCUUGCUUCUUCGUCUGAUGGUAGUGUAACGAAGUUGGUGGAUGUAGUAAUCUUGCACAAUGAAAGUGAUCAAUUAAUUCCUUUCCUAAUUUCUCGUGGAUUGAAUAUGAAAAAAUACGUUGAAUAUCAUACUUCUAAAGAUAUCCAAAGAACAAAAGAAGGAAUCAAUGUUGACAAUAGAUUACGAAAAGAUUACUUAUCACCUUUGAUUAUCGCUGCAAAAAAAUCAAUGAUAUUUUCUGAACAACUUGCUUUUACAAAGGACUUUUUUACUAGCACUGAAUUGGCAUUUGCAAUUGUUCUUCAUGAACGACUUGAUGUUGCUUCAUCUGUAGCUUUUAAUCAGCAACAUAUUCUAGAUAUAUUGGAUGAGAGUGUAGAUCGACAAUACACUGCAGGUAUUGGGUGGGCUUUUCAACAAGGUGUCGGAACCGUUCAAAAAAAUAACCCUUUAUAUCUCCGCUUAUGUAUUGAAAAAGCUGAUGUUGAAUCUGCAAAAAUUUUAAUUAACAGCGGCGCGGCUAUAAAUAUAUCACCAUCAAAUCGCGCAGAUGAUCCUUCAAUUUAUGGGGCUACAUCCCUUUUAGAAUUUAGUAUUCAAUGCUACUUUCAAAAUUAUAUUGGCGAGGAAGCUAAUAGAGAGGCGAGGAAGAAAAUGAUUCGUUUAUUCUUGGAUUCAGGUGCAGAUCCUAAUUCAGACGAUGGACGACCUUUGGCAUUAUGUGUUACUAAUCAUGACUGGGAGCUCACAAGACUUUUAAUACAGAGUGGUGCAGAUGUGAAUCGUAGUAACAAAUGGGCUGUAAGAAUAGCUACUGAUUGUGGAUAUAAGGAUAUGGCUAAAGUGUUAUAUCGCAAGGCCAGACAUUCUCAUUCUGAUGAAUUUACUACUGGUACCACUAGUAAUGCUAGUAAUGCUAGUAAUGUUGUUAAGGGUAUGGUCAGGAAAGUGAGCAUGCUAGGUAAAAGUGUUGCUUUUAGAAGAAAAAGUGAGGGAGAAGUAAAUCAUAGUCAUCGAAGAAAUGAUUCUUCAGAUUAG